AUGAGUGCUACAACGACUUUGAGACAGCGAAAGGAUGCUAACACAAGCGAAACCGCGACAAGGGACGGGGAAACCACUGUUGGAAAAGUGAAAAAACUUAUAUAUCAUUACAGUGAGCUUCCGGAAUGGCAAAAGGACAACGAUAAGAUAUUGAACGGAUACGUGCGUGAAACUCAGUCUAUGGUCAAAUGUCUUAAAUCGUUGACGUAUUUUCACAACGAAAGUGUGAACAUUUACACGCACCUGAUUCCUAGCGCUACAUACCUCGUUUUGCUCAUGUUUUUCACAGACGUGAUUUUGAUUCCUCAUUUCCCCACAACGACGAUGUCUGACUAUAUCAUGAUCAACUUCUACCUUUUGGGCGCCUUCGUGUGUCUCAUGUGCAGCACCUGCUUCCACUGUCUCAAACAGCAUUCUGAAGCUCACAGCAAUAUUUGGAGCAAAGUUGAUUACAUGGGCAUUAUCGUGCAAAUUUCGUGCUCCACGGUUUCGCUGCUCUACUAUGGAUAUCACGACCAUCUUUUUUACUUCAAGGUAUUCACCAUCAUUACCGUGGUGCUGGGGUCGUGCUGCUCGGCGUUUGUCCUGAAUGACAGAUUUAAUGCGAAAAACUGGAGAAUCUGCAGGGCGGCUUUCUUCGUGUGCUUUGCUUUCAGCGGAAUUGUGCCUGUCCUGGCAGGCAUCGCUAAAUUCGGACUUGCAGAAUCGUUGCAGCGGGUUCAAGUCAAGUACGUUACGUUGGAGGCGCUUUUCUAUCUGUCAGGGGCACUAGUAUAUGGAUUCAGAAUUCCAGAAACAUUCGCUCCAGGGAAGUUCGACUUUGUUGGCCAUAGUCAUCAAAUUUUCCAUGUACUAGUAGUUGCGGGCUCUAUCUGCCAUUUCAGAGCAGUAAUGGGUUCCUACUUUUUCAUGCAUACGGGAAAACUUGGUUCCCAUCUGUUGACUUUGGGCUAA